AUGCUGCGUUUUGAGGCCGCACGCGGGGGCGUGCGGCUCGAUGGGAAGCUCUUCUUCCUCAAGGGCGCGAGCUUCUUCGGCAUGGAGAGCGAUAUAUGUGUGUUGCAUGGGCUGUGGGGCGGCCCAGACUCCACGACGCUAGCAACAGUAGCGCAACUAUUACGCUCGAACGGCUUCAAUCUCGUUCGCAUCCCACUAGCGGUGGCCGCAGUGGCAAACAACAUUGAGGUGGAUCGCUAUAAAAUGGGCAAUGAGACAGCACUACUCAAGGCGUUUGAAGGAAAGGAAUUACACUAUUUGGACGUGCUGGACUAUGUGAUCCACGAACUGGAACGUCAUGAUCUUCUGGUGCUACUAGACGCUCACGUGAUGCAGCCAGCUGGAGCAAUUACUCCACUGUGGUAUGACGAAGGACAAGGCUGUCCAGAGACUGUAGUGGAGCAAAUGUGGACGACGCUGGCAUCGAGAUAUAAAAGCCAAUGGAACGUGCUGGGGGCUGAUCUCAAUAAUGAACCCCACGGAGAGGCUACGUGGGGCUCAGGAGACAUCAAGACCGACUGGAGACUCGCUGCAAUGAGACUGGCGGAUAAGGUCUUAACGGUGUGCUCUCACUGGCUGAUAUUUGUCGAAGGAGUACAGUCAACGAGCUGUGAUACGGGGCAUGAGAUGCCCUGCUUCUGGGGUGAGGAUCUACAAGCUGCUGGUCAACAUCCAGUGGAGCUAUGUGUGGACAAUCGACUCGUAUACUGUCCACAUACAUACGGACCUGCAGUGUCGUGGCAACCGUAUUUCAACGCAGAGGACUUUCCAGCUAAUAUGCCUCGUAUCUGGGAUACCCACUUUGGAUUUCUAAAGCAACAGACAGAGGUGCCGCUUGUCAUUGGCGAGUGGGGAGGUCGUCAUGAGAACCCACAGGACUGGACGUGGCAGACGCGCUUUGCUGAGUACACACAGCAGAUUGGCGUCAGCGGUGUCAUCUUCUGGUGCGUUAAUCCGAAUGGAGGCGACACGGAUGGCUUGCUCUGUGCUGACUGGCGUACACCGAACACCCACGCUUUUCAGCUGUUGUCACGCUUUACCGGGACGCUCGUGCCGUCAUCCUGUUGA